AUGGAACCGCCGGAAGUAAGCACCUCCCCAGAAACGCCGGAGAAGAUAAUCCUCCGGUGGGACUCUAUGCCAGCGGAGGAAGCCCGUGAAAAAAUGAUCUUUGAUAGCGACCGCCACGAGAUCGACCGUUAUCUCCACGCCGUAGACGAGCUACAGAAGUCCGUGAACUCCACCACCCUCUCUGAUUCGAACUCCUCCUCUGCCCUUCAGAUCGCCAUGGCUCGGCUUGAAGACGAGUUUCGUAACAUCCUCCUUUCACAUACUUAUCCUAUUGAAAAUGAGUCACUCACCGAGUUCAGUAACUCGUCCACGCAUCAUUCUAUAAGUUCUUCGGAUGGCAGUGAGUUUAUUAGCUCGAUCUCGGAGGAAGUGGAAUUUAAGGAUGAUAUUGAAGGGAGUCUUGUUAAACAGUUGGAGCAUCUAGAGAGCAGUAGUAGCUGUACAAGCUCUAGUUACAAGGCUAUGAGUAGUAUUCGAGAGGUAGAUCUCGUACCAAGUGAAGCUGUCUACGAUCUGCGGUGUAUAGCGGAGCGUAUGAUUGCUUCUGGGUACUUGAGGGAGUGUAUUCAGGUAUAUGGCAGCGUACGAAAAUCUGCGGUGGACGCGAGCUUGAAGAAGCUGGGAAUCGAGAAAUUGAGCAUCGGGGAUAUACAGAGGCUUGAGUGGGAGAUUCUGGAGACGAAGAUCCGGAGGUGGAUUCGAGCUUCGAAAAUCUGUGUUCGGGUACUUUUUGCGAGUGAGAAGAUGCAGUGCAAGCAAAUAUUUGAAGGUUUGGGUACUUCUACUGAUGAUGCUUGUUUUAUGGAAACCAUUAAAGGUCCUGCAGUUCAGUUGUUUAAUUUUGCGCAAGCAAUUAGUAUAAGUAGAAGAUCACCUGAGAAAUUGUUUAAGAUGUUGGAUCUUCAUGAUGCUUUGUCUGAUUUAUUGCCUGAUAUUGAAAUUGUAUUCGAGUCGAAAUCCACUGAAUCGAUUAGGGUCGAGGCGGUAGAGAUAUUGUCUAGGUUGGCCGAGGCCUCGAGAGGGAUACUAUCGGAAUUUGAGAAUAGGGUUCUUCAGGAGCCAUCAAGAGUUCAGGUGCCUGGAGGGACUCUUCAUCCCUUGACUAGAUAUGUGAUGAAUUAUAUUAGUUUGAUAUCGGAUUAUAAGCAGACUUUGCUUGAAUUAAUUGUAUCUAAGCCCUCGACUGGGUCGAGAUACUCAGGGGAUAUGAACAUGCCAGAUAUGGAUUUCUUGGAGUUUGAGGGAGAGGUAACCCCAUUGUCUCUUCAUUUGAUUUGGAUAAUUGUGAUUUUGCAGUUUAAUUUGGAGGACAAAUCUAAGCAUUAUAGGGAUGCAUCCUUGUCUCAUUUGUUUAUCAUGAAUAAUGUUCAUUAUAUUGUUCAAAAGAUAAAAGGGUCGCCUGAGUUGAGGGAGAUGAUUGGGGACGAGUAUCUGAAAAAGUUAACCGGGAAAUACCGGAUAGCUGCAACUAGUUACCAGCGGUCGACCUUAGUGAAGGUCUUGUAUUGCUUGAGAGAUGAGGGACUGCAUGUGAGUGGGAGUUUCUCAUCUGGUGUGUCCAAGAGUGCUUUGAGAGAGAGGUUUAAGGCGUUCAAUGGUAUGUUUGAGGAGGUGCACAAGACUCAAGCCACUUGGAUGGUACCUGACCCUCAGCUCCGCGAGGAGCUUAGGAUUUCCAUAACUGAUAAGGUUAUUCCGGCUUAUAGAUCAUUUCUUGGACGGUUUGGAUGCCAUAUUGAGAGCGGAAGACACCCUGAGAAUUACAUCAAGUACUCUGUUGAGGACCUUGAGAAUGCAGUCUUGGAUUUCUUUGAGGGACAUGCGGUAUCCCUUCAAUUAAGGAGAUCUCAGUAA